CUCAUAAACCUCCUCAUAAGAAAAGAUUGGUGAUAUCAAAAUCAGAGAUGUCAAACGUGAGUUUUCUUGAGUUGCAGUACAAGCUCUCCAAGAACAAGAUGUUGAGGAAGCCUUCAAGGAUGUUCUCUAGAGAUAGACAAUCCUCAGGGCUGUCUUCACCCGGACCAGGAAGCUUCUCUCAGCCUUCUGUGAAUGAGAUGAGACGUGUUUUUAGCAGGUUUGAUUCGGAUAAAGACGGGAAAAUCUCUCAGACAGAGUACAAGGUGGUGCUGAGAGCGCUAGGACAAGAGCGGACGAUCGAAGAUGUGCCUAAGAUCUUCAAGGCUGUGGAUCUGGACGGUGAUGGGUUUAUUGAUUUCAGGGAGUUUAUUGAUGCAUACAAGAGAAGUGGAGGGAUUAGGUCUUCCGAUAUACGAAACGCUUUCUGGACUUUCGAUUUGAACGGGGACGGGAAGAUAAGCGCAGAGGAAGUUAUGUCGGUUUUGAGGAAGCUUGGGGAGAGAUGUAGCUUAGAGGACUGCAAGAGGAUGGUAAGAGCUGUUGAUGCAGAUGGUGAUGGAUUGGUUAAUAUGGAAGAGUUCAUGAAGAUGAUGUCUUCCAACAAUGUCUGAACAUAUCUCUCUCUGUUUCGUACAAUCUAAUUUCAAAACAUUAAAUUCUUGUAACUUUG